AUGGAUCUUUUUACAUUCAGAGUGAGGACUGGAGCGCUGCUGUGGGUGUUGUGUCUGUGGCCGCUGUGGAGAACCGCUAGUCUGACGGAUGCUCAGCCGAACUCAAAAGCAGAAGCAGAGAAUGUUUCGAUUGUGGCUGUGACUGAGACGACUGUGACCAUCAGCUUUGAGAAGGUUCCCGGUGUUGACGACUAUAAUUUAUUCUACGGAGAAGGCAACGGGACAGAUUUCCGGUGGAUCAACGCCGGUCCAGUUGGUUACACUCAAGGGGACCUGAAGCCGGCUACAAACUAUCACAUGAUUCUUCGAUUAAAAGUGGGCAAUGAAACCAGACCUGGAUUUGCUUUUAACGUCACCACAGCUCCAGAAAAUGUUGCAGAAUUUAAAGCAACCGAUCAAACCGAGAGCAGCAUCACCCUUCAGUGGACGAAGAUUCCAGACAUUCAUAUUUACAUUUUGAAAUUUGAUGGAAAUGAGACUACAUUCGGCGAAGAACACGCAGGGAUCCAUGAGGUGAAAAAUCUCUCCAGUCGCACUCUUUAUGAUUUCACUCUGUACAGUGUGUUCGAAGACAAGCGGAGCAGCGGCUUCAAUCUGACUGCUGCCACCGCUCCUGCCAAAGCCAAAGGUUUCAAGGCAGUGACGCAAAAUGAGACUAGUGUAACUCUGCAGUGGACCAACGACGACCUGGAAAUCAAUUAUAGUUUGAGAUUUAACGGAGUAACAAAAAAGAAUUUCACAGCGGGAGAUCUCGGAAACCCGGCGCAGUAUACUGUCACAGGUCUCCAAAGCACCACGCUGUAUGACUUUACUCUGGUCACUGUUUUCAGAAAUAUAUCAGGAGCUGGAGAGAGCCUCAGAGCUGCGACAGCUCCUCUCGAUACAGACGGCUUUGGUCCGGUUCAUCAGAAUGACACCAGCAUCACUUUACAAUGGGAGCCUGUUCCUGGUGUUGUGGAGUAUCUACUACGAUUCAAUGGUGCAAAUUUAACCAUAAAAGAGACAAACGCAACAACUGUGUCAGAUUUAAAGAGUGGCACAUGGUUCAACUUCACUCUUUUCUCCGUGUUUCAUCGCCUCCUGAGCCGCGGCGUCUCCGUAUCCGCAGCCACAGCUCCUCGCGACGCAAAUGGAUUCAAAGCUCAAACCCAGACAGAGAUCAGCGUGACCCUACAGUGGGAGAGAGUGGGCGAUAUUCAGGAUUAUGUCAUUGAAUACGACACAAGGAGAGAGGCUGUAAACGCAUCCGCCGGUGCCGUGGUAACGCACCUCGUCAGCUCUCUUCUAAGCGGCAAACUGUACAAUUUCACGCUCACUACUCAUUUUGCGAACCUCUCGAGCCGAGGAGUUCGAGUCGAGGCCCCCACAGUUCCUCCUUCGGUGUCCUCUGUGGAAGCAUCAGAGCGCACUUUGACUUCCAUAACGCUGCGGUGGAAGAGCGAGGGCGCAGGCUGGACGUAUCGCGUGGAUUCGAAUGGAAGCGCACACGGCACGCUCAGCCAAAACGCAGACGUGGUUUCUUACGCUGCUACUUCGCUGAAGCCUGGGUCUUUGUACUCGUUCUCCAUCGUGACAGAAUUCAAGACGUUGAACAGUUCGGCUUUUGGAUACGACACAGCCACGGUUAUAGACUGUGGCGCAGUGGACUGGGAGGUCACCGACUCAUCGAUCCGAGGAGUGGUCCAGGGAGUGUUCACAGAUGCCUCGGCUUCUAACGGAUCGCAGAGGCAUCAGAACUCAGGCUCCAGCGGCAAGGUCCUGUUCAUGGGGCUUUAUCCUGGAGCACAGUACGACCUGAAGCUGGUCUACAAAGAGCUGGACCAGUGCGACAUCUCACUCUUCAUCAUUCCUCCGAGAUUGACGGCGAAGUGCAAGAACUGGAACGCUGGUUACUCCAUCUACAUCGAGUGGGACUCACCGAGCGGCGUCUGGGACCUGGUGGAAGUGAAUGUCUCCGGCGUGUCUGAACGUGUGGAGCACAUGCAGCGAUUUGUGGAAAUAAACAACUUCCAACCAGCGAAAAAGUAUCAAGUGUCUGUUUCCUCGGUGUCGGGGCCGCGGAGAAGCAGCCCGUACGUGUUUACAUGUGCCACAGACGCCCGGGGAGUCAUCGCAGGAGCCUUCUUUGGCGUUUUACUGUUUAUCGUUUUGGUCUGUGCUAUUAUCUUUAUUAAAUUAAGAAAACCUGGCAUCAUUAGAAAACAAAAGAAGUCUGUCAAUGGUGGAAUCCAGACCUCGGUGAGAAAAGACAGAUGGAUUCCUCUGGACAGGUUCCCCGCCCACUUCAGCAAGUUAAGUGCAGAUGAAAAUAAAGGAUUCAGCUUAGAAUAUGAGGACCUUGGAAUUGUCGGCACAGACCAGAGCCAGAAAGCAGCGACGACGAAUGAAAACAAACCAAAGAAUCGUUUCAUUAAUGUUCUGCCUUACGACCAAAGCCGCGUGAAACUGACCUCCUCCUCUUCGCACAACGACUACAUAAACGCCUCCUACAUGCCGGGUUACAGCAGCAGCAGAGAGUUCAUCGCCGCUCAAGGCCCUUUGUCGUCCACCGUCAACGACUUUUGGAGAAUGAUCUGGGAGCAGAAAGUGAGACGCAUCGUCAUGGUAACCAACUGCACCGAGGGCGGACGGACCAAGUGUGAGCAGUACUGGCCUCUAGGUCCCUCUCGCACCUGCGCAGACCUGGAGGUUCUCACCACGUCUGAGCAGAAGGAGCCCGAGUGGACGCUGAGGGAGUUCAACGUCAAACAUAGACACACCUCUGAGGAGCGCACAGUCAAACACUUCCACUUCACCGCCUGGCCCGACCACGGCGUCCCACAGGGAACACAGGUCCUGAUCCAGUUCCGGGAGCUGGUCAGACACCACAUGCAGACAGAGGCCGCAGGGACCCCCACCGUGGUGCACUGCAGCGCUGGAGUGGGCAGGACGGGCACCAUCAUUGCACUGGACGUGUUGCUGCAGCAGAUGGACAAAGACAAGGCCGUAGACGUCAACGGAUUUGUGCAUAAGAUGAGACUACACAGACCACAUAUGGUACAGACCGAGUCGCAGUACGUGUUUUUACAUCAGUGCGUUCUGGACAGUCUACAGCUCAACGAGAAAGAAGAAAAUAUCUAUGAGAAUGAACUGAUUUAUGCCAAUGCCACAGCUCUGCAGGACUUUCACACAUGA